CUUGGACUUGUUGGGGCCAAGCGCCAGCUUCUCGCCAUGUUCCGUUCACUGGGAAGAUCUCUUCAGUUGCUGCAGCGAGCAUCCGGUUCAGCGAUUAUCUUUGGUGCGGGAUAUGGAUGCUGUUGGGCGCAAGGAAGAGAAGAGUCGGUGGAAAAGCUCGCAACCUGGGGCGCUGCUGCGUCCUUCGCAUACAGCCUGCGUGGCUUGAGGUACCUCAGCCGAGCCCUGCCGAACGAAGCGGAAUGGCCACGGCAGAAGCUGCAGGAGGUGGAGACCAUGGAGUUACAUUGGCUCUGUGGACUCAUUGACCACUGCAAGGAGAAUGGUUUGGACAGCCCCAUCCUGCAGCAGUUGCUGCUUUUCAUGCUUUGUGAGCAUGCUGAGGCAGACCCUUAUGGUCUUGCAGUGCAAGGCUUGCAGAGAGGGAAGAGCAGUUCGAGAACAAAAUGGCUUCCCUUGUCGACUUCAUUUUCCAGGCCCUUGCCACAGGAAUUGGCACAGAGGAUAGAAGAUGCCGCCAAGGGCAGCUGCGAACCCACUGAUUCACCACCACCUUCACACCUCCUGCCCAUCUUCAGCAGUGCUUUAGCUUCGCUGUUGACCGUUCCAGGAAGCAAGAAGCUUCGGGAGGAUCUUGGUCCCAAAGGUGCCUUGCAGGUGGCCAAGUCAGCGGUGAUUGCGACCAGUUGGAUAGCAUCAGACACGCCAGGGCAAGCGCGGCAAGGGUUGCAGCCCGAGGAGAAAGAUCAAGUUAGCAGCGAGCUCUCAACGGUUUGGAAGGCCCUCUGCAAAUCCACGGCUGCUGGGGCUCAUCGUCCAAGUGAGUGGCGUCAAUUGCAAGCGAGGUUGGAUGGCUUCAAGGAUCAACUGCCGAAGGAGGUGAGACCUUCCGUGGAAGCCUUUGCAAUGAAGGGCGUUGGGGGCUCUGGCCAGGUGAGAAGAUUGCUCGACUGCCUAUCCUGGGCGGCCUUGGGCUUCUUCUUCCUGGCGCUGUCCAGUGAAGAUGGUCUUGGACUCGUCAGGUUCCACGUGGUGCCUCAAGCUUGGCAGUCCAUGGUCAAGGACAUGCUGCAGCAACGAGCUUUGCGAGUCGAGGAAUUGUUGGCGAAGCAUGAUCUCCCACCCCCACCACCGGAGCCUGUGCAGAGCAUUGGGUGGGAUUCGAUGACCGAGUAUUUGCAGGGUCCCCUAUUUCGAGGGAACGGACAAACCUAGUGAGCCGAACAGAUGCGCUUUCAGCAGCGGCACGAAUGUACCGAGCUGAGCACGAGCUGAGCACGAGCUGAGCACGAGCUGAGCACGAGCUGAGCACGUGGGAGGGAAACCUCCGUAUCCGACCCAGGUCUUCCAACACUUGUUGUACAUAGGAAUUGGUUGAGACCGCUGCAACGCGAAAGAACUAUUUCCCAUGCUGACGGUACCGAAGUCUUGCAUGCCAGAAAAAA